AUAUAGUUAAUGCCAGGGUCCGGGGAGACCAUAUAUAGUGAAUGCAGGGUCCGGGGAGACCAGAUAUAUGAAUAGUGAAGAUGAAUGCAGGGUCCAGGAGACCAGAUAUAGUGAAUGCAGGGUCCAGGGAGACCAGAUAUAGUGAAUGCAGGGUCCAGGGAGACCUGAUAGUGGGGUUUAGUAACACUUUAACUGCUGACACAAAACAGUUUUUUUUUUUUUUUUGCCUGUUUUCAUUCAAUAAGAUAGGGCAGCCCAUUUGAAUGGGUUGGCCUACGUGCAAUAAAGGCGCCAAAGAAGCUCCUGCGCCUUU